UUCACGAAACAUUUCAGUCCACCCACCUUCCAUGCAUAGGAUGGAGAUGAAGCAGACGGUGGUGAUGUACCCCGGCGCCGGCGUCGGCCACGUUGGCCCCAUGACGGAGCUCGGCAGCGUCUUCGUCAAUCACGGCUACGACGUCACUGUGGUGCUCGUGGAGCCCCCCUUUAAGUCGACGGACUCCGCGGCCACCGCCAUCGAGCGCAUGGCCGCCUCCAACCCGUCCAUCUCCUUCCAUGUCCUCCCGUCCAUCCCUGCUCCAGACUUUGCCGGCUCCAGCAAGCACCCUUUCUUACUCAUGCUCCAGCUCUUGCACGAUUAUAACGAGCGGCUGGAAGCGUUCCUCCGCGGGGUCCCCCGGAAGAGCUUGCACUCGGUCGUGCUCGACAUGUUCUGCGUCCACGCCACCGACGUCUGCGUGAAGCUCGGCGUCCCGGUCUACACGUUCUACGCCGGGGGCGCCUCGUCUCUGUCAGCUCUAACCCAGCUCCCGGCGCUGAUUGCCGGCAGGCAGACGGGCUUGAAGAAGCUCGGGGACACGCCCCUCGAUUUCCUGGGCGUCCCGCCCAUGCCGGCGUCUCAUCUCAUCAAGGAACUGCUGGAGCACCCCGAGGAUGAGAUGUGCAAGGCCAUGGUAGACGUGUGGAAGCGCAACACGGAGACCAUGGGCGUUCUGGUGAACACGUUCGAGUCGUUGGAGAGCCGGGCGGUGCAGUCUCUCAAGGACCCGUCCUGCGUCUGCGUCCCGGGCAGGAAGCUGCCUCCGAUCUACUGCGUGGGGCCGUUGGUCGGCAAGGGCGGCGCCAAGGACGACGACGACGCAGAGAGGAACGAGUGCCUCGGGUGGCUCGAUGCGCAGCCCGACGGGAGCGUCGUGUUCCUGUGUUUCGGGAGCAUGGGCACGCUCUCGACGGAGCAGCUCAAGGAGAUGGCCGUUGGGUUGGAGAGGUCGGGGCAGCGGUUCCUCUGGUCCGUGCGCGAGCCCGCCGGAAGCAACAGCCCGAAGAAAUACUUGGAGGUGCGCCCGGAGCCGGACCUUGACGCGCUGCUGCCUCAAGGGUUCCUGGAUCGGACCAAGGGCAGGGGCCUCAUCGUCAAGUCGUGGGCGCCGCAGGUGGACGUGCUCCGCCACCGGGCGACCGGCGCGUUCGUGACGCACUGCGGAUGGAACUCGGUGCUGGAGGCCGUCGCGGCCGGGGUGCCAAUGCUGUGCCUGCCGCUGGAGGCGGAGCAGAAGAUGAACAAGGUGUGCAUGACGGAGGACAUGGGCGUCGCCGUGGAGCUAGAGGGAUACAUGGCAGGUUUUGUCGAGGCAGAGGAGGUGGAGGCCAAGGUGAGGCUGGUGAUCGAGGGCGGGGACGGGAGGCAGCUCAGGGCCCGUGUGGCUGCUCGCCGGGAAGAGGCCAAGGCGGCGCUGGAGGAAGACGGCUCGUCGCGGACGUCGUUUGCGCAGUUUCUGUUGGACGUGGACAAUCUCGGAAAGCAGCUCGACGAGUGACGCACUAAUUGCAAGUUGCUACUGCUCUUUGCUUUCUACUCCCUCUGUUCCUAAAUAUAAGACCUUCUAUAGAUUACACUAUAGACUACGAAGCAAAAU